AUGCAACACUGCUCUUGCGAAGCUCCAACUGGCCACUCAUCAGACAUCAUUUCGUCCAAAAUCCAGACCCUGACCAAUCGUAUUGUUGCGAUUGAGAAAUCCAACAAAAGUGACAAAUCAUCAAAUACUCUUUUGUCCGAAAUCAAGAGCGUGUCAAACCGUAUCGAGGAAAUAGAAAAAACCCACGGAACUGACACCACAUCCAACAUCCCUUCGUCGGAUUUCCAGGAUUUUAUUAAACGUAUCGAGGCGAUUGAAAAAGCAAAAGACACUGAAACAUCCGAAAUCCCUUCAUUGGAAAUCCAAAACCUCACCAAACGUAUCGAGGCGAUGGAAAAAUCACACAAAACUGACAACACGUCGAGUAUCCCUUCCUUCGAAAUCCAGAAUCUGACCAAACGUAUCGAGUCGAUGGAGAAAUCACUAGGCACCGACAACACGUCCAACAUCCCUUCUUUCGAAAUUCAAAACCUUACAAAUCGCAUCGAAGAGAUAGAAAAGUUACUAGACAAUGACAACAAAUCCAACGUACUUUCAUCGGAUCUACAGAACCUGAAUAAACGUAUCGAGAGGGUGGAGAAAUCACAAUGCACUGAAAACAAAUCCCACAUUCCUUCAUUUGAUGUUUCAAAUCUGACCAAACGUGUAGAGAUGAUGGAGAAAUCACUUAGCACUGAUAACACGUCCGACAUCCCUUUCUUCGAUAUCCAGAACCUGACUAAACGUAUCGAGUCGAUGGAGAAAUCACUAGGCCAUGACAACAUGUCCGACAUCCCUUCCUUUGAUAUGAAGAACGUGACCAAGCGUAUCGAGUCGAUGGAGAAAUUACUAGGCGCCGACAACGCGUCCGACAUCCCUUCUUUCGAUAUGCAGAACCUAACUAAACGUUUCAUGUCGAUGGAGAAAUUACUAGACGCCGACAACAAGUCCGAUAUCCAUUCCUUCGAAAUCCAGAACCUAACUAAACAAAUAGUGACGAUGGGGAAAUCACUAGGCACUGAAAACACAACAAACAUCCCUUCCUUCGAUAACACGAACCUGACCGAACGAUUCGAGUCGAUGGAAAGAUUACUAGGUACCGAUAACACAUCCGACAACCCUUCCAACGAAAUCCACAACCUGGCCAAACGUAUCGAGAGGAUGGAGAAAUCAUUAAGCACUGAAAGCACAACAAACAUCCCGUCCUUCGAUAUCCAGAACUUGGCCAAACGUAUCGAGUCGAUGGAGAAAUUACAAGGCACAGCUAACACGUCCAACAUCACUUCUUUCGAAAUCCAGAGCCUUACCAAUCGUUUCGAGUCGAUGGAGAAAUUAUUAGGCAUCGACAACACGUCAGGCAUCCCUUAUUUCGAAAUCCAGAACCUUACCAAACGUUUCGAGUCGAUGGAGAAAUUAUUAGGCACCAACAACACGUCCAACAUCCCUUCUUACGAUAUCCAGAACCUAACGAAGCGUAUGGAGUCGAUAGAAAAAUUGCUAGGAACCGACAACACGUCCGGCAUCCCUUCCUUUGCUAUCCAGAACCUGACCAAAUGUUUUGAGUUGAUGGAGAAAUUACUAUGUACCGACAAUACGUCCAGCAUCCUUUCGUUCGAAAUUCAGAACCUGACCAGACAUUUUGAGUCAUUGGAGAAAUUAUUAGGCAUCGAAAGCACGUCCAACAUUCCUUCUUUCGAUAUCAAGAACCUGACCAAACGUAUCGAGUCGAUGGAAAAAUCACUAGGCACCGACAAUAUGUCCGACAUUCCGUCCUUCGAUAUCCAGAACCUGACCAAACGUAUCAAGUCGAUGGAGAAAUCACUAGGCCAUGACAACAUGUCCAGCAUCCCAUCGUUUGAAAUUCAGAACCAAACAAAGCGUAUCGAGUCGAUGGAGAAAUUACUAGGCACCAACAACACGCCAAACAUCCCUUCCUUCGAUAUAAAGAACCUAACCAACCGUAUGGAGUGGAUAGAAAAAUUGCUAGGAACCGACAACACGUCCAGCAUCCCUUCCUUCAAAAUCCAGAACCUGACCAAACGUAUCAAGUCGAUGGAGAAAUCACUAGGCCAUGCCAACAUGUCCAGCAUACCAUCGUUCGAAAUUCAGAACCUAACGAAGCGUAUCGAGUCGAUGGAGAAAUCACUAGGAACUGACAACACGUCCAACAUUCCUUCUUUCGAUAUCAAGAACCUAACCAAACGAACGGAGUCGAUGGAGAAUUUACUAGGCACCGACAACACGUCAAACAUCCCUUCCUUCGAGUCGAUGGAGAAAUUACUAGGAACCAACAACACGCCAAACAUCCCUUCCUUCGAUAUAAAGAACCUAACCAAACGUAUGGAGUCGAUAGAAAAAUUGCUAGGAACCGACAACGCGUCCGACAUCCCUUCUUACGAUAUGCAGAACCUAACUAAACUUUUCAAGUCGAUGGAGAAAUUACUAGGCACCGACAACACGUCAAACAUCCCUUCCUUCGAUAUAAAGAACCUAACCAAACGUAUGGAGUCGAUAGAAAAAUUGCUAGGAACCGACAACACGUCCGACAUCCCUUCCUUCAAAAUCCAGAACCUGACCAAACGUAUCAAGUCGAUGGAGAAAUCACAAGGCCAUGCCAACAUGUCCAGCAUACCAUCGUUCGAAAUUCAGAACCUAACGAAGCGUAUCGAGUCGAUGGAGAAAUUACUAGGCACCAACAACACGCCAAACAUCCCUUCCUUCGAUAUAAAGAACCUAACCAACCGUAUGGAGUCGAUAGAAAAAUUGCUAGGAACCGACAACACGUCCAGCAUCCCUUCCUUCAAAAUCCAGAACCUGACCAAACGUAUCAAGUCGAUGGAGAAAUCACAAGGCCAUGCCAACAUGUCCAGCAUACCAUCGUUCGAAAUUCAGAACCUAACGAAGCGUAUCGAGUCGAUGGAGAAAUCACUAGGAACUGACAACACGUCCAACAUUCCUUCUUUCGAUAUCAAGAACCUAACCAAACGAACGGAGUCGAUGGAGAAUUUACUAGGCACCGACAACACGUCAAACAUCCCUUCCUUCGAUAUAAAGAACCUAACCAAACGUAUGGAGUCGAUAGAAAAAUUGCUAGGAACCGACAACACGUCCGACAUCCCUUCCUUUGCUAUCCAGAACCUGACCAAAUGUUUUGAGUUGAUGGAGAAAUCACUAUGUACCGACAAUACGUCCAGCAUCCUUUCGUUCGAAAUUCAGAACCUGACCAGACAUUUUGAGUCAUUGGAGACAUUAUUAGGCAUCGAAAGCACGUCCAACAUUCCUUCUUUCGAUAUCAAGAACCUGACCAAACGUAUCGAGUCGAUGGAAAAAUCACUAGGCACCGACAAUAUGUCCGACAUUCCGUCCUUCGAUAUCCAGAACCUGACCAAACGUAUCAAGUCGAUGGAGAAAUCACUAGGCCAUGACAACAUGUCCAGCAUCCCAUCGUUUGAAAUUCAGAACCUAACAAAGCGUAUCGAGUCGAUGGAGAAAUUACUAGGAACCAACAACACGCCAAACAUCCCUUCUUACGAUAUGCAGAACCUAACUAAACUUUUCAAGUCGAUGGAGAAAUUACUAGGCACCGACAACACGUCAAACAUCCCUUCUUUCGAAAUUCAGAACCUGACCAAACGUAUCAAGUCGAUGGAGACAUUACUAGGCCAUGCCAACAUGUCCAGCAUACCAUCGUUCGAAAUUCAGAACCUAAGGAAGCGUAUCGAGUCGAUGGAGAAAUUAAUAGACACCGACAACACGUCCAACAUUCCUUCUUACGAUAUCCAGAACCUAACUAAACGUUUCAUGUCGAUUGAGAACGCACUAGGCACCAACAACUCGUCCGAUAUCCAUUCCUUCGAUAUAAAGAACCUAACCAAACGUAUGGAGUCGAUAGAAAAAUUGCUAGGAACCGACAACACGUCCGACAUCCCUUCCUUCAAAAUCCAGAACCUGACCAAACGUAUCAAGUCGAUGGAGAAAUCACAAGGCCAUGCCAACAUGUCCAGCAUACCAUCGUUCGAAAUUCAGAACCUAACGAAGCGUAUCGAGUCGAUGGAGAAAUCACUAGGAACUGACAACACGUCCAACAUUCCUUCUUUCGAUAUCCAGAACCUAACCAAACGAAUGGAGUCGAUGGAGAAUUUACUAGGCAUCGACAACAAGUCCGAUAUCCCUUCCUUCGAAAUCCAGAACCUAACUAAACGUUUUGAGUUGAUGGAGAAAUCACUUGGUACCGACAACACGUCCAGCAUCCUUUCGUUCGAAAUUCAGAACCUGACCAAAUGUAUCAAGUCGAUGGAGACAUUACUAGGCCAUGCCAACAUGUCCAGCAUCCCAUCGUUCGAAAUUCAGAACCUAACGAAGCGUAUCGAGUCGAUGGAGAAAUUAAUCGACACCGACAACACGUCAAACAUCCCUUCCUUCGAAAUCCACAACCUGACCAAACGUAUCAAGUCGAUUGAGAAAUCACUAGGCAAUGACAACAUGUCCAGCAUCCCAUCGUUCGAAAUUCAGAACCUAAGGAAGCGUAUCGAGUCGAUGGAGAAAUUACUAGGCAUCGACAACACGUCCAACAUUCCUUCUUUCGAUAUCAAGAACCUGACCAAACGUUUCGAGUCGAUGGAGAAAUCACUAGGCACUGGAAACACAACAAACAUCCCUUCCUUCGAUAUCCAGAACUUGACCAAGCGUAUUGAGGCAAUGGAGAUAUCAAAAGGCAAUGGCAUCAAAUUCGACAUUCCUUCGUUGGGAAUCCAAAACUUGAUCAAACGUAUGGAGGCGAUGGAGAAAUCACACAUAACUAAUCAAACAUGCGACAUUCUUCCGCCGGAAAUUCAUAACCUUACCAAACAUAUCAUGGCGAUUGAAAAAUCACAUAACCUUGUCAAAACAUCGGGCAUUCUUUCAUCGGCAAUCCAGAACCUGACAAAACGUAUCGAGAAGUUAAUUAGUACUGACAACACAUCCAGCAUCCCUUUCCCCAAAAUCCAGAGUUUGACCAAUCGUAUCGAAGUGAUAGAGAAAUCACUAGGCACUUUCAAUACUUCCGACAUCCUUUGGUCGGAAAUUCAAAACAUUAACACGCUUAUCAAUGCGAUGGAAAUAUCACACGACACUAAGAACACAACCGCCCCUGCGUCGGAAAUCCAGAUGACAGAACUACGCGAGUCAAUGGAGAAAGCCCACGGCCUUGUAAACAUGUCUACUGCAUAUUUGUUGGAAUUUAAGAACCUUACCGAACGUAUUGUGGCGAUGGAGAAAUCAUCGGUCACUGAGAGUCUUUCGCAGGAUAUCCACAACCUGACCAAACGUAUCGGAGCGAUAGAAAGCUCACAUCACCCUGACUGCAGCUCCGACAUUCUUUCAUCGGAAAUGAAGAACCUUACCCGACAUAUCAUUGCGUUGGAGAAAUCACAGGAUAAUGGUAACGCAACCGAAACCCUUUCCUUGGAAAUUCAGAACUUGACCAAACGUAUCGUAGCAAUGGAGAAAUCACUAGGCCAUGGCAACAUGUCCAGUAUCCCUUCAUUCGAAAUUCAGAACCUGUCGGAGCGUAUCGAUACGAUGAAGAAAUCACACAACAUUGACAACACAUCCAAUAUGCUUUCAUCGGAAAUCCAGAACCUGACUAAACGUAUCGUGGCACUGGAGAUAACAAACGGAAAUGCAAGCAUACCCAACAUUCCUUGCUGCGAAACCCAGAACCUGACUAAACGUAUUGUGGCAUUAGAGAUAACAAACGGAAAUGCAAGCAUACUCAACAUUCCUUGCUGCGAAACUCAGAACAUGACCAAACGUGUUGAUAUGAUAGAGCAAUCACUAGGCACUGACAACACGUCCAGCAGCCUUUCAUGCGAAAUUCAGAACCUAACCAAACGUAUCGUAGCGAUGGAGAAAUCAGACGACACUGACAACUCAUCUGAUAUUCUUUCGUCCGAAAUUCAAAACCUUGCAAAACUGACUGUGGCGAUAGAGAAAACCUUGGCCAGUGACAACACAUCAGACAUCCUUUCUUCUGAAAUCCAGAGCCUGGCCAAAGGUAUCGUGGCGAUAAAGAAAUCAUUUGAAACUGACAAAACAUUGGAUAUUCUUUCGUCAGAAAUCAAGAACAUCACCAGACAUAUUAUGGCGAUGGAAAAAUCACAUGGCAAUGACACUACACCAGAAAUUCUUUCAUCGGAAAUCCGGAACCUGACAAAACGUAUCGUAGUAAUGGAGAAAUCACACGACACCGACAAUUCAUCUGACAUACUUUCGUCCGAAAUUAUGAACAUUGCCAACCUCAUUGUGGCGAUGGAGAAAGCACAGGCCAAUGACAACACAUCAGACAUCCUUUCGUCGAAAAUACAGAACAUGACGAAACGUAUCGUAGAGAUGAAGAAUUUUUUUGAAACUUACCAAACAUCAGAGAUUCUUUCGUCGGAAAUUAGGAAUCUUACCGAACAUGUCAAGGCGAUGGAGAAACUACAGGACAAUGAUACGGAAAUGCAGAACUUGACCAAACGUAUUUUUGCGAUAGAAAGCCUACACGACGCUGACUGCAUAUCUGAUAUCAUUUCGUCGGAGAUUAUAAACUUGACCAAACGUAUCGUGGCGAUGGAAAAAGCACACGAAAGUGACUACACAUCCGACUUCCCUUCGUUUGAAAUGCAGAACUUGACCAAACGUAUCAUGGCGAUAGAAAACUCACACGACUCUGACUGCAUAUCUGAUAUCAUUUCGUCGGAGAUUAUAAACUUGACGAAACGUAUCGAGAAGAUGGAGAAAUUACACGAAAGUGACAGCAAAUUUGACGUCCUUUCGUCGGAAAUCAAGAACGCAACCAAAGGUAUCGUAGCGGUUGAGAAAUCAGACGACAAUGACCGCACAUCUGACAUCCUUUCAUUAGAAAUCCAGAACCUGACCAAGCGUAUAACGGCGAUGGAAAAAUCAUUCGAUGCUGACUGCACAUCUGACAUCCCUUCGUCGGAAUUCCAGAACCUGACCAAGAGUUUUGUGUCGAUUGAGAAUAUUCUUCCCCAGAGAAUCAUUAGGAGGUUGGAAUGCACUGCUGCCCUGGGUAAUUGUAUUAUCUUUUAUGUUUUAUAG